AUGUGUGGAGUUGUCGACUGUGAGUGGGAAAAGGAGAGAAAAAUUGCUAUAAUAACUUUGCUCUCUGAUGGUGGUGUUAAUUGUAUGAAAAGAAGUGGAAAGGUUUGCCAAGGUAGUGAUGAGGUGGUUUGUGAUUUCAAGGACUAUUAUGGAACAGAAGUUUCUUAUUGGCGAGCUUGGAUGGGUGUUGAAAAAACAAGGGAUGUUAUUUUUGGUGACUAUUCAUCUUCAUUUGACGAUCUUCGUUGGUAUGUUGAUACCGCUAAUGAUUGUAAUUCGGGGAGUGUUUUUGAUAUGGAAUUUGAUAUUGAUAGUAAAGGAAAAUAUUUCAAAUGCUUGUUUUUCGCUUUUGAGGCAUGUAUUCAUGGUUUCAAGUAUUGUCGGCCUGUGUUGAUGCUUGAUGAAACUUUCUUGAACGGAAGACACAAAGGUUGUUUAUUGGCUGCUAUGGCAAAAGAUGGUAACCAAGGUUUAUAUCCAUUAUAUUUUGCCAUUGUUGAUAGUGAACGUUAUGACAAUUGUCAUUGGUUCUUGUCAAAGUUAUUUGUUAUUUUGACUUCGGGAAGGGAUAAUACGUUUGUUACUGAUCGACAUGGAGGUUUGCUGAAAGCUUUAGCUAAGGUCUUUUUGUUUUCUUCUCAUUCUUUUUGUCCAAUGCAUUUGAAAACAAACUUGAAGACUUAUUUGUCAAUGAAGAGUCGCGAAUCUAAAGAGUAUUUGCUCACUCCUUUUGGUAGAUGUGCAUAUGCUAUUACUAUUGAGUUGUUUAAUGAGCUAUUUGAAGAAUUUAAAGGUCGUUGUGGUCGUAGUGUUGAGAAGUUUCUUAAGGAUUUGCCUAAUGGGUGUUAG